AGAAACAAAAUCCACAAACCAAAUACAACCCAAGCCAGAAGUAAACCACAUUCCUUUGGGGUCCAUUUCCAGUGGUGCUUGUUCUUUUCUUCUUCUUCUUCUGGGAAGGUGCUUCAAUGGCUGACUAUAACAGAUCAAAGUCCUAUGGUGGCAGUGGGACUAUGCAGAUGGAUAACUACUAUGGACCCCCAAGAGCACCACCCAGUUCUUAUGAGAUCAGGAGUUACAGUGUUUCCUAUGCACAGGCCCAGAUGGGGAAUUAUAAUUACAACAACAGGGAUUUGAAGAAGGGGAAGACUCAUUCUAGGUCAAAGUCUUCUUCUUGGGCUCUGGCUGAUCCUGAGUUGCAGAGGAAGAAGAGGGUUGCUAGCUACAAGAUGUAUUCUGUUGAAGGAAAGGUGAAGGGCUCCUUCAGAAACAGCUUCAGAUGGCUUAAGGUUAAGUACAGAGAAUUGAUUAAUGGGCUAUCCUGAUUUGGUUGUGGGUGAUGUUUUAGUUUUUGUUCUAGUUUUAUUUGCAAGUCUUGGAAUUUGUGUUUUUAAUGAGCUGUGAGAUGAUGUUAUAGUUGUGAUGAUAAAGGUCAUGAUUUGGGUUGGUGAAAUGGAUUGAAAUGUAAAUUGGGUGAGCUGUUGGUACUAUAUCGCCUCCUCUUCUUUCAGGUUUUGAAUGAAGUUAUGUACUUUUAUUAUAGUUC